AAUAUUAAAUACGUGAAACUUUAUCGGAAUGUAAAUAUUUUAUUAUUGUAAAGUUUGAAAAAGAAGAUAAUACAUAUACCUGUAUAAGUAGUGACAGCGCUUUAUUUAAAGACGUCAUCAUUUUGAUUGUUGUGUUUAUAUGUAUAUAUAUAAAUAUACAAAAGAUUAAAAGAAGAUGUUUUCUAUGUCUUUUAAUAUAACAAAAACAAUAGAAGAUGUCAUAGUUGAAUACAUUGAUGUGGAUUUUACACUAUGGCUGACUUGGCUUUUAAUGCCGUUACUUAUAACAUUUUUACUUCCAUUUGUAAUUGUUCUUCUGCUAUAUUUUACUAUUUUAACGUUACACAUAUACAGAUCACACAGAGGAAGAAUUCAAAAUGCUUAUGGAACUGAUUGGAAAUUUGCAGCUCAAUCCGUUACUGGUGCUAUUUGGGAUGCACAUGGAUGGAUUUGGCAUGGAUAUGAAGUUGUUGGUUUAGAAAACAUACCAAAAGAUGGUGCAGCUAUGUUGAUAUUUUAUCAUGGAGCAAUACCCGUUGAUGUCUAUUAUUUUCUAGCCAAAGUAUUUCUAUAUUAUUCAAGAUUAAUCUACACAGUAGCAGAUCGUUUUCUUUUUAAAAUUCCGGGCUGGUCUAUUAUGUCUGAUGGCUUACGUGUAUUACCUGGAACAAUUCAGACAUGCUCAUCCAUUUUGAAAGAAAAACAUUUGCUUGCUAUUUUACCAGGUGGUGUUUAUGAAGCACAAUUUGGAGAUUCUUAUUAUAAACUUUUAUGGAAGAAAAGGAUAGGUUUUGCAAAAGUUGCAUUAGAUGCUAAAGUUGAUAUAAUUCCAAUAUUCACAAGAAAUAUCAGAGAAGCAUUUAGAACAGUAACUUGGGGUCGUAGAAUAUUUUUGCGUUUAUACGCAGCAACAAGAUUACCCAUAGUUCCAAUUUAUGGUGGUUUUCCUGUAAAAAUGGUAACAUAUGUAGGUAAACCAAUUCCUUACGAUGAAAGUCUUACACCAGAACAAUUACAAAAGAAGGUCGCUGCAGCUGUAGAAGAUUUAAUUAAUGAGCAUCAACAAAUACCAGGAAGUAUUACACGAGCCUUGUUAGAAAGAGUUUUACCUCCUAAGAAGAAAACUCAAUAAUUAUGGAUUUUAGAAACAUAUCCAAAUGAAUCCAAUGAAAAUCAUCCAUAUAUGAUAUUUAUAUAUGUUACUAUAGGA